AUGUCUCGUUCACUAUUCAAGAAAAUGUUCUAUUAAUUUUCAGCAGUAGAACAAUAAGUUUAAACAGUUUAUAAGCGUCCUCUACCAAAAAUAUUGAUUAAUUUUUCGAGUGAAUAAGGUAAAAAACUAUUUAAAGAAGCACUUGAAGAGGGUAAUAUGGAAUGUUAUUUUCCUUUAAGUGAAUAAUUUAUGACUUAGCUUGAACCUUCAACAUGUGGUUCUACUACAUUAGCGAUGGUACUUAAUACGUUAAAUUUAGACCCAAAAAAGCGCUGGAAAGGAAUAUGGAGAUGGUAUAGCGAAGAAACUUUAGAGGGGAUGAAACCAGAAUAUAUUAAAUAGGGAAUUGAUUUAGAAAAUUUUUCUCACAUAACAAAGCAUAAUAACGCAUCUAUUUAAACAUUUUAUUAUCCACAUGAACAUUAAAGUUAAUCUUCAAAAUAUGACUGUGAAUAUCACUGCUCUAAAGAUAAAAUAAAAUCAGCUUCUUAUUCAACUUUUGUUAUUUGCCUCACUGCUUGUUGUCGUCGCACUGGACUAUAUAUGGUCUUAAACUAAUCAAGAAAAGCUCUUAGUUAAACAGGAGAGGGACAUUUUUAGCCUGUCGGUGGAUUAAAUAUGGCUCAUUAAAAAGCUUUGAUGUUUGAUGUAGCAAGAUUUAAAUAUCCUCCUUAUUGGUGCAACUUAGAUCUUUUAUAUGAGUCACUUAAAAGUUUAGACAAUGUAACUAAAAGACCUAGAGGAUUUGCUUUAAUAUCAAGGGAUUUAGAAAAUUUUAGCAAGAUUUGCAGCAUUAGUCCUGACUAAGUGUCUAAAAAGAAACUUUAAAUAAAGCUGCAAAGUGAGAAUUUUAUGAGUAAUUACAAAGAUAUAGAUUAUAAAUAUGAUUUAAUAGAUUUCUACUAAAGUUUUUUAAAAGAGAUGGGAUUUGAUUUUUCUGUUUUAUUGGUUUAUAAUAUGUAUGAAGUUAUGAAUUACUUUGAAAAGUAAGGAGAAUAAGCAGAUUAUUUGUUUUAGGCUUUUUCUAAAAAUUAAAUUUACAAAAUUAGUGAAAAAAUAAUUUGCAAGUUAUUAGAGGAAAAGAGUGAAGUAGGAAUUUUGAUAACAGAAUUUUGUGGAAAUUAUGCUCCAUUGAUCGCUAGUUUAGUUCUUUUAUCGAUUCCUGAAAGUUAAUAUAUGAAAAUUAAUAAAAAUUUAUACAAAAACGAUAUCAAAAAAUUAAUUGAUGAAUAUAAAGAUUUAGACCAUAAAGAAAAUUUAGACAACGAAUUAGAAAUUGAAAUUAGGAAAUAUAUGAAAUAAAUUGUUGUGUCCUUUAAAAAUAAUCUUUUUUAAAGUUGA